AUGUCCAGCAAAACCCAAAGCAAGAAGCCCGCGGGCGCCAAGGCCCAAGGCCGCAGCGCCAUCGAGGACGUGGUGGCCCGCGAAUACACCAUCCACCUACACAAGCAUGUUCACGGCGUGUCGUUCAAGAAGCGCGCGCCCAAGGCCAUCAAGGCGAUUAGGGAGUUUGCUGCCAAGGCGAUGGGAACAACCGACGUCCGCCUCGACCCCCAACUGAACAAGAAGGUGUGGGAGCAAGGCAUCAAGGGCGUGCCAUUCCGUCUUCGGGUCCGGAUAUCGCGUAAGCGUAACGAUGAGGAGGAUGCCAAGGAGAAGCUGUACUCGUACGUGCAGGCCGUCAAUGUCAAGAACCCCAAGGGUCUGCAGACGGCGGUGGUGGAGGAUGCUUAG